AGUGUCUAAUUUCCAUAAAGACGAGGGUGGAGGCCGUGAGUGGAGAUCGGCAGCAGACUGUAGGAAUUUGUACUGAAUUAAGUGCGGAGGGCUUGUUGGGUUUGAUCUACGAGUGGGAGACAGUCCAAGUGCUAUCACAAUGAUUAGCUGGAAUGUAUGGGUAGUCCUGUCUCUUGCGGUAAUUUCAGAAACGGCUGUCCCCCCGACACAAAUUCAAAUUAGCCAAGAACUGCCUCUUCGUCUAACUGGAGCUAUUCCAGCCUAUUCCUGCCCUCUCUUCUGGACAGAAUUCAAUGGAUACUGUUUCCGAUUCUUUCCUGAGACCAAGACCUGGGCUGAAGCUGACCUGUACUGUGCUGAGUUUUCAAAUGGACUUAGAUCAGCAAAAUUAGCAUCUAUUCAUAGCUGGGAAGAAAACGUGUUUGUUUAUGAUUUGGUUAACAGUCGAGUUCCUGGAAUACCUACUGAUAUUUGGAUAGGACUCCAUGAUAGAAGAGUGGAGGGCAAUUUUGAGUGGACUGAUGGGACAAGGUAUGACUACAGUUAUUGGGAUGGCAACCAACCUGAUGAUGAGACCCAGUUAAUACAGGAAGAGGAGGACUGUGUGCAAAUAUGGUUCCGGCAAAACAGUGCUCUUAGAUCCUGGAAUGAUAACCGUUGCAGUCGUGAAUUUCCAUUCGUUUGUAAAAUUCCCUCCCUGGAGAACAACUAACCAGCAUAAGUAGCUUAGGCUGUUUGGAAUUCAUUCUGAAGGUUAUUUCUUUGGAAUCAGCAGCAUUGACGCAAAGACAUUCUAGCCAACUGGGAGAAACAAUUUAGACGUUCUGAUCAAAGUGCCACACCAUUAUAACAACACUACUAUCUGUUCCAUGUAGGAAAAUAGCUUGGUCUAUUUUCUGGCUUUUUGUUUUAUUUUCAGGCUUCAAUAUAUUGUAAUCCUUUUCAUGUAAAAUAGAUUGAAUUGUAUAUGGCUAAGCACCAAACAUGAAUAUUCUUAGAAUAACUCUAUUUGAUUUUUGAUUAAUAAGUCAAACUUGGUUUCCACAAAUGUAUUAGUUAGAUAUUUGUCAUUAUCUUAUGUUCGAUCAUUUAGAUACAAACCGACUAAAAUAUGCAUUUGAUAACAUUUAACCAAAAGGAUUCAAAAAAUACAUGCAUUCAAUUUCACAUUGUAAUUAAAUUCCAGCAAACCAGCAGAAUGUCAAAUACUUUUCUAAUUUCUGUGUAAUUGUAUUUUCAGUCUUAUGAUCCAGUUGUCAAAAAUAUAUAUACUGUAUAUCAUAUAUUUGGAUCUUUCAGAUAUAUUAAAGCAUAACUUUGGGUACAAAAGAGAAACAUAUAUUUUCACUUACCUACUUACUGUUCGAACACUAGGUGAAGUAUUUUUAUGGGGAGGGGGGCUGUGUGGACAUUACCCUUUGGUUCUAAUUAAAAAUUUGGCAAGAACUAUUAUUAGUGAUGGCUGCCAGAUACUGACAAACUGUUUAAAAAUGCCCAAAUGGAAAGAUUUCACUCUGUUCCAAAAUGCAAAUUCCAGUUUCAUUCACAAUACCACUGGAGAAUUACGUACCAUCAUUGCAAAAGAAGCUUCAAUUUUCAGUAUUUGACAAACAAUGGUAAAGCAUAAACAAAUAGAAAAAAGGAAGUACUAAGAGCCUUCAACAAUUAUAUUUACAACGGUUAGAUCGUGGAUGAUCAUCAAUUUAUUGUACAAUUCAUUGGCUUUAUAUUGACAGUAUUCAGAUGAAAAGUAGAUUAUUUAAUUUUUGGCAGUUUUGAACCAUUUCAUUAUUUUGAAUAAGUGAAAAUCUAUAAUCUCGCUUCAUUACACUGCACAAGUGACCCUGUGCUCUUUAAGCGAUGGAUUCACUCAUAAAGGUGCUUUCUUUAAAAGUCACCAUUAUUCAUUUAGAAGUUUGCUGGGUGGAGAAACUGAAACACCAUUGACCAACAUACCAAUCAUUUUGAAAGGCAAUUAUUAUUUCCAGAAUACAGGUAAAAUUGAUUGAAAAAAAAUUCAAGCUAACAAAAUUGAAAGUUUUUUUUUACUCUGCAUCGGAUGACUGCAUCCUCUUUCACUUGACCUAAUAUGCAAUUGUGCAACUGAUUUUAAAAAAAAAGCAGAGAAGAAAUAAAUCUAGCUUUUUAAGAACAGAAAAUUUUGGUCCAUGUAGCUAGCAACCAUGUAUUCUGGGGUAUGUCUGCCUUGGUGCAUGUUGCUAUCAUCUGUUACAGUUUAAAGAUCAGUAUCUGGUGUGCAUCCAAAUACAACAGAAAGGAGAACCCCCAGCACCCCCCAACACCGCCCCCCCUCCCCCACCACCACCACCACCGCCACCCAUCCCCACAGCAGCAGACCUAUUUCAGCUGCACUCAUUGCUAUUUUGUUGCCAAAGCUUCCAACCUAAGUAGUGUGCCCAGGUCCAACUUUUGAAGGUCCUAAGACUCUUCAGCAAAUACAUUUAAUAGAAUAGCUGCCAAGUAGUGCUAUAAGAACUGUGACCAUUGAAUAUGCAAAUCAAACAGUUUGUGGGAAUAUUGUUAUAGAGUUAUUUUUUAAUUUAUUUUCUAUGGCAGACAAAGGAAUUAGAUCUGUAAACAUGAUAUUUUUGUAUAACUCUAUACUUUCAAUUUAUGUGGCUAAUUGACACACAAUGAGCUGUGACUUGUAGACGUUUUACGCUGGUAUAUUGUUUAAGAGACUUGUGUUGCCAUGUGGCCAACAAGUAAACCUCCAUGUUUUUAAUUACAGUUAAUAUAAACUAAAAAAAAACUUUUUCUUC